AGUCUAAGUUUUUAAGUUCAUGAUUUGAUUGGAUUAAAUAAUAUAUAUACACAUUUAAAUGUAUCAUAAUUUUUUAUUUUUAAUGCAUAUUUAUUUUAAAAAUAAAAAAAAACGUUAUGUAUUGUUAUGAAAAAAUUAAAAAAUUAAACUAUACAUUUACAAAAUAAUAUUGGUGUAGUGGGAAGUUGUGUCCCCAUAAGAAAAUUUUUAAGUGUUAACAAGAUUACAUCAAAGUAUCAAAAAUUUAUGCCGUGAAAUAAGCGUAAGAAAAGUACAGAUCCAUAAUUAUUCGCAACGGAUAACUAAUAGUAAAAAAAAAAACACCGGCUGUUAAAACUGCACUGCCAAAGUGCAUAUCAAGUUGUUGUUAUGUUGUUAAAAGCUUACCACAGUAAUUUACUUUGCGGUCACUUCCCAAUGUUGUUGAGACUUUCUCAAGCUUCUAUUAACCAAUCGCAGUGCUCUAAGAUACUACAGUUCAAUGUAUAUCGACAGGAAUCAUCACGGGUUAAAGUGCAAGUACGGCAAGGUGUUGUCAUUGGUCGAGAAGAUCGUUUACCAAAUGGUGAACCCUACAAUAGGUUUCUGGGUGUACCGUAUGCAGUGCCACCACUCGGUGAACUACGAUUUAGAUCUCCCGUUCCACUGGAAUUUUUUGAUACACCUAUUUUAGAUUGUACACGAGAGAAAUCGCCUUGUCACCAGCGAGAACCCAUCACAGAUAAUAUAUUGGGUACAGAGGAUUGUCUCCACCUUAAUGUAUAUGCUCCAGCCAAACCUUCCACAACACGUCCGCUUCCAGUUAUGGUAUGGAUACAUGGCGGUGGUUUCAUAUUUGGUUCAAGCAAUGGUACUUUACCCCUAAGUUUAAUUUCCGAAGAUGUUAUUGUGGUGACAUUAAAUUAUCGUUUGGGCGCAUGGGGAUUUUUGUGCCUGCCUGAGGAAGGUAUUUGGGGAAAUGCUGGCUUAAAGGAUCAGCGUCUGGCUUUGCAAUGGGUACACGAUAAUAUUGCGCAAUUUAAUGGCGAUCCUAAUAAUAUUACCUUAUUCGGAGAAAGUGCUGGCGCGGCAUCAGUUCAUUUACACACAUUAGCAUCCCAUGCCCACAAACUAUUCCACAAAGCGAUUAUGCAAAGUGGUUCUGCUAAUAUGGAGUGGGUAUUCCAACGAAAUCCAGCGCGAAGAGUUCGUAGGUUCUGCGAAUUGCUCGGUUGCAAGUCACGUGACACGCGCGUUAUGCUUAACUUUUUACAGUCACAUGAUAAAGUGACACCACUGAAUGUGCUUAAAAACAUUUUGCCUGUACUAUCGCCAGAUGAACGUCGCCGAGGUUUGCCUUUUACCUUUCACCCAGUUGUUGAAGAUUCGAGCAGUACAGAUACCUUUAUUAACACGCCUGUUUUGGAACUUUUACAACGUAAAGACACACGGCCCAUGCCAAUGCUAAUGGGUUACAACUCAGCUGAAGGUGUUCUGAUGCUGAUAAAUGCAGUGCGUAAAAUCGAAGAAAUAAAUAAUGACCUGGCCCGUUUUGUGCCACGAAACAUACCACUCGCCACUGAUCAUGCCGAAAUUCAAUUUCUGGCACAAAAACUGCGCGAUUUCUAUUUUAACGGUCACAAAAUCACAUAUGACCAAUUAGAUUGCAUGACGAACUUGCUGACAGACUACCACUUUAUGGUGGAUUUGCAGCUGGCUGUUAAAUAUCAAGCACAAUACAAAACGCGCUCACCUCUCUAUUUCUACCGUUAUGACUAUACAGGUGGUCGGGAUCUAUUUAAGAGACAUUUGCAAUUGGAAGAUAUACCUGGCGCGUGUCAUGGUGACGAAUUGAAUUAUCUUUUCCAAACACCAGGUAUUAAUCCAAUGAAAUUCGCAGAGAGGGAUAGACGCAAUAUUAAACGUCUUAGUGUAAUGUGGACAAACUUUGCGCGCCAUGGUAAUCCCACUCCAGCAGAAGGUGAUAUCACAAAAGAUUUGGGCUGUGUUUGGAAGCCAAUAAACAGCGUAAAUAAUGAGAAGGAGGACUUCAGCUUGAAUUGUAUGAUUAUUGAUGAAGAAUGUAGAAUGGAUCGUGAUCCAGAUAAAGAUCGCAUGGAUUUUUGGAAGGAAAUUUAUCGAAACUAUCCAGCGUUGGAUUACUCACGAUUCAGUGCUAAGCUGUGAAAUGGAAGUAAAUAUAGGUUUAUAAAUGGUGUUGUAUACUCGAAAUUAUUUUGUUAUCGGAUUAUCGGAUUAUUGGGUAAUUGAUAUUAUAUAGCUUCUAGCUUAAGAUAAUUUUGAUAUUAAUUGGAAUAUGUUUUCCUUUUUGUAUAUAUAUAUGUAUGUAUAUGCAUCUUCCCACUUGUAAUUAGGAUUGGUACAUUAAGUAUGCUAAUGGAAUAAAAAUUUGUUGGUUGAGAAUAAGA